AUGGGUUCCAGCGUCCAGGUUCCAACCUACGUCCUCCGCGAUGUCGUCGAAACCGAUGUUCUGAACGCCAUAUCGGCCGAUGUCGUCUCCCAUAUUCUUGCCGGUCCUCCAUUCAUUUCUGUUCCUGGUCUUUUUAACUUUAGGGAUCUUAGCUAUCCCCAUACCACGCUAACAUCCCUGAAGCAGAAUUACAUCUUCCGCUCUGGAAUGCUCGCUUUUCUCGAGGAUGAAGGCAAGGUCAAACUUACAACUGGCUUGGGAGUGAAAAAGGUCUUUGAUUUGAGAACUGCGGCAGAACGGGACAGGUUCCCAUCGCCUGAAAUCGAGGGUGUGCAAAUUCACUGGCUGCCAACAGCGCAGGACACAGUGCGUUUUAAUUGGGCUGAUUAUGCCGUGGGCGACCCUGCAGCAACCAUGCUUAAGAUGUAUCAAAAUAUUUUGGUUACUCAUGUGCCUAUCUACCGAGCUGUUUUUGAGCAUAUACGGGACUUCCCGAAGGAGCCCUUCUUUUUCCAUUGUACAGCUGGCAAGGAUAGGACAGGAGUCUUAGCUGCCCUCAUCCUUCGUAUUGCCGGCUAUUCGCCGGAUAUAAUCGUUGACGAUUACGUGCUAACUCGAGUGGGUUUCGAGCCUGUAAGGGAAGCUCUGUAUGGUUCGCUACUUGGUAAGAAAGAUCUUGAUGAGUCGACGACUCGGGGCAUUCUAGUCGCUGGGGGGAUAAUGUAUGAGACGAUGGUGCAGUUCCUAGGAUUCGUGGAAGAGGGAUUUGAGAAUGGUGCAGAGGGUUAUCUUCGGAACAAGUUGGGUUUUACCAGUGAAGAUAUUGAGACUAUCCGUGCGAAUUUGAGGGGUUAG